ACGCCCCUGUGCCAAUCUUCUUAUUGUGCAAAGUGGUCGUCUCGGGACAAUAAGUUUGUUCAGUCGGUGUAUCGGCUUUUUUCACGAUGAUUACACACGAGUUAACUGAAACCGACGAGGAAACAAAGUUAGUGAUAUGGAUUAAGAUUGGUGAUGUUACGAAGGACGAUAUUAAGAAGGACAAUGCUAAAAAAGAUGAUAAAAUCAAGACUGAUAUUAAGAAGGAUAAAGGUGUAUCAGAACGGACAGUGCUAAAUAUCGUCAGGGAGGCGCGUCUAGUCGAACAGGGUCUCCUCGAUCCGGAGACACUGAAGAAGACACCCAAAAAACGCGUUCGAACUAAGGGAAAGAUCGAGGUUGAUGAAUUUGAUUUGCAAGUUAUCAGACGAAAAAUUCAUGAGUUUUAUGCUUUCAAAAAAGAAGUGCCAACCAUAAACAAAUUGCUCCAAAUUCUUAAAGACGAGAUUAAUUUCAAAGGCUCUCGGGAGACCCUGCGUAAGAUUUUGCGGAAGAAUGGAUUUCAAUUCAGAAAGACGAAGAACAACAAGGAGAAGGAACCAACUCAGGAACCGACGUCGUCCGUGCCCGCUAUGGUGCCGCCCUACAUCCACAACAUGUUCAGUCAUAAAAAUAUAGAGUCGUAGACUUCUGGCGGUAGUAUUUUAGUUUAUUUAUAGGCCUUUGAGUCUUUAAAGAACCUGAGUGCUACGUCUCAAGUCUACGAUACGACGUCUACGUCCGAGGGCUGAACCGAAUCUCCUAUUAUUGUUUGGUAUUACUUUAAUACAUAUUUGGUAUGUGUCUUAUAAAUCAAAGACCAAAUAGAACUGGGUUGUAGAGCAUCUUCAUGGGCACUCGAAACAGGGCUGUGUGUUGCACAAAUUUUGCAGAUUUAAUGUUUUAGUAUUUAUAUAAUUAUUAUUCCGUUAUAUUCUUGGCUAUUUUUCUACCAUUAAAUCAUUUCAAUAUUAACUGAACAGUUUAUAACAAAGCAGACGCACAACUUUUGUUGGCAUAGUUUGAAAAGUGAUGUUUAUUAAAAUAAUGGUCAAAAUGUUUACUUAACAAUUCUAAACUUGGGGACAUUUUCAUAUAAAAUUGAUAGAUGUUUAUUUUCGGUUAUCCUUUUAAGAUCUAUCAUGUCAUCAGCUGUCAGCGCUGUAAAACUUUCUUACCUUGAAUUCAAUCCAAAGUCCACAAGAAAAAAAAAGUGCGUAAUGGAUAAUUCAAAGUAUAUAUUUUAAUUCAAGUCAUAGUCUAAACAUGAGUAAAAUUUCAUCUAAACCCGUUCAUCAGGGAUUACAUUUAUUUCUAAGAAACUUCAAACAUUUUCGCAAACCUUCGCAUUAAUAAUAUUGGUAAGAUAAACGUCGUUAAAACCAAAAAUAUUUUUAGAAUCAUUAUUUCAUGUGGAACACUAACAAUAUUAUGUUAUUUAGUAACCCUCCAGAAAUCGCCGGGCACACGUAAGAUGGUUCGAGUAUGUCUAAGGUGAUCUAAAACCAAGCUCUAUUUGGACAUUGAUUUACGAGGCUCCUUGUAUACGUGCUUCCUGCCAAUGAUUUUUUAUUUCUUGUGAAUGAAAAAAGUUAAAGUAGGAUUUUAGUUCGUAAAUUUGAUAAUGUCUCGGACAUCGUUCUAAACUUGUUUCUAAAACAUGCGUUAAAACAUUUAGGUUUGACCCGAGGUCAAACAUCUGUGAAGACUGAUGACACCCACGCUUUACGUCCAUUCUUUACUCCCUUACAAUAUUUCUUUGAGAAAUUUAUACAUUCCUUAAAAUAAAAAUACAUUUACAAAUUCUAUAUUUUAUUACACGAUGCGAUCUUUAAACUUUACACGAAUACUUGUCUUCAAUUUUACAAGUGGACACUAAAAAUAAUCACGAAAGUAAUCAUCAACUUCAGUCAAGUUCCCUAAAAAUCAUUCAGCAUUACAAUUUACUCCCAGUUCUCCACUUAUUCCGAUCAACAUUGAAUCAACUACGUCAUCGAGUAAACAUUCGGCUGCCAAAUUCCUUCCUUCAAGUUCUAAUGGUAUUCUGUCCGUCAAUCUUUCUAAGGAUCUUCUACUUCUGGACCAUUUUAAAUUUAAAUCUUCAAUUUGGUCCUUUAUUAUUUCUCCCAUAUGUUUUCAUGAAAUCUCUUCAAUUCUCAGUUAUAUGUGCCCUUUUCUCAUUAGGACAUUCUGAGUUCAUAUUGUGUUUUAUUUCCACGUGCCAUGCGUUUGGUAGAUUGGUUAUUCCUCCUGUUAUUUGAGUCCUUACCUGGCCUCAAGUCCCUCGUCCUAAACUUUACACCCAGCGUACUUAAACAAUUUAUAAAUCAAUAAGUUUCUUUAUAUAAUUUGUGAACGCACACGGGUGAGCCUGGGUUUCAUCACUGUCUCGUCGAGUUGGUGAAACAUUGGCAGAAGCAUAUGAAUAAAAUGCUCGAAACAACUAGCCCUCCGACUGUAAACAGAUAUUGGCACAGUUAAUUUUUUUGUACCGAUUCUGUUCAAUAAUACUGUUGACCUCUUAAUUUGUAAAUAAUUUCUAAAUUAGUAAAUAUAUGUUUUAGAUUUUAAUGCAUUCAUAUUGUUUAUAUUGUAAUUAUUUUAGGAAACAAAAAUAACAGUUAUAUCAUUAAUAUCGGACUACUUAGUUUAAGGUACAUUUUAAUAUUCUGAAUGAAUUUCUAUGGAAUAUUUUAUUUAAGUUGUAAGUUUAUCAGUUUUCGAUGUUUAUGUUUAGGCUGUAAUUGCGAGUGUUGAACAAAAAAUGGGGAGAGCGAGGCAACAGUAUGAAUGAAUCAGUUCGGAUCUGGGUGCGCGGAGCGGUGAGCGGUGACCCGGGCGCAGCUGAGGGCCUCUCAGCGGUCGCGGCCCGAGGUAAAUGUCACAACGCUAACUCAAACUCAGUAGCGCCGCGGCGCCGCUCCGUCGCUCGCAGAAUCGAUCGGAAUAUUUAGUUGUAUCUCAGUUGUGUAUUUUUUGAGGGUAAUCUUUAAACCCUGGGGAAUUAUUCCCCCUAGGUAUCAGAGGGAUUGCGGCUGAUUCCAAUCGUCCUGUAAUAUGCAUGACGGUAGAAUUGCGUGCAUUUUGAUUUUUGAUAUCAGCCGACAUAUAUAAGUGUAUAAGUGUGUAGCUCUAACGUGUAAACCGAGUGUCGAUUUUGUCCACUCGAAUGUAUCAUUUGGAAUCGUAAUAUUAUAUCAAAAUAAACUGAGACAGUAAAGUUCGUGGA